CACUUCUCUCCACAGCAUGCAUCCAAAUCCCUAAUUAAUCCCCUGGAGUCAACCUAUGCUACAACAGUCAAUUAGAGGGAAAAACUGCGUUGACUCACACUAUCUGUAAGAGAUGGAAUUGAAUAUUGAAUUUGAAAUAUCCCCAAUCGAUUGUAGGGGCGUUUCGUUGUUCACGGUACUUUGGGAGUUUUUCGUAAUUUGGUAGAGUAAUGAUGUUCCUCUUCUUGUGUAUUAUCCAGAGGAGUUUAAAUUCCCAGUUCUCUAUCGUUUAAAAUGAUAGAGAAAUGGUCUCAUAAUGAGGAACUUUUGUUUAUGAUAUUACCUUUUGUCAAGUGUUGGUUUUGUAGGGAUUUGGUUUGAUUGUAUGGAGGAUUUAAUCAUGAGCUGACAUCAGUCAGCUCAUGAUUAAAUCCUCCAUACAAUAUUACCUUUUGUUGAAAACACUAGUUAUGAUCGCGUAAAUAGUAGUUGUCAAUUUGAAUGAACACUGAUAGUAUGAAUCUUAGAGGGGUGCAUAAAAAUCCAGUUUCCUUAGGCAAUCUGUGGUUUCGAAAAUUGGAACAGAGCAUCUGUGUACUGCCACCAGCUCAUACACGCCUUCGCCAAUCAAAACCUACCAUUUAGUCCUCGUUUUGCCCACUUUACCCAUGUGCAUUUCCCAAUUAGGACAACGUGUGUAGACGACAGUCUGUUGGGAAAUUUGUUAUGAGUGAAGUAGGCUUGCGGCAGAAAAAGAUAAUACUAAGCCAAAGGACAAAACAGCUUCGGUGAACGUCAGACUGUUGCCCCGUGUCAUUCUGGGAGAUUUGAACCUUUCUUAUGGUUUCAUAAAACACAUCAGAGGAUCCAGAGGUUUGAAAUGGUGGUGCUAACCUGCGAUACUUCGCUGGAUUAUCUCUAUUUCCUUGGUUUACUUAUAUGCAUUACUACCAUGUUGUCUCUAAGGUUACGUCGGUAAUAGUGCUGUCCCACAAGUGAUACAAUAUUAAAUGGAUUGAAUUUCCUAUCAUUGUGUUCAAUUUCAGUGUAAGUAAAUUGAUGUUUUAAAUUCUCGGAAAGUAAAGUAAAUUUCUAACUUUCUACACUACUAGUUCCAACUAAUGGACACUAACGGAAGUCCACGACUUCACGUGGAUAAUUCGGAGGUUGUCGUACUCAGUUCAGGAGACGAAGAUGAGUUACAAAAUUCCCACGAAGAAGACUCGAAUGAUGUUGCAUUUCUUGAUGGCGAUAAUGAUGACGUUGAUAAUGAUGAAUCCAUCGAUAGUGAUUGUGAAAUUAUGAGUGUUGAAGAUUUACGAGGAGAAGAGAAGUGGCGUGAUAUCCAAAGGCCUUACGAGAGAUUAAACAGUCUCAUACAAGCUGGAUUCAGCGACCCACGUAUGCUGUUGGUUCGGGUAUUCGGUAUGGAUGAAGACUCUCUGCCUUCUGAUCCCAAUCACUUGUUGAGUUUAUUAUUAACAAUUUUGGCUGAACCUACCCCACGUCAUAGACUGCGUCAUAUAAAUAGUUUAGAUAACGUUCUCGCACUUCUGGCUACUUCCACAUCAAUUUUGGUAAUCACUGGGGCGGGGAUUUCAGUGUCAUGUGGCAUUCCCGAUUUUCGCUCGCGUGAUGGUAUUUAUGCGCGAUUGGCUCGUGAUUUUCCUGAUCUAUCAAGUCCACAAGCAAUGUUCGACAUGGCCUACUUUACAAAGAAUCCCGUCCCUUUCUUCAAGUUUGCAAAGGAGCUGUUCCCUGGACAGUUUACGCCUUCGAUUACUCAUCGAUUAAUUGCUCUAUUGGAAUCCAAAGGCAAAUUACUGCGUAACUAUACACAGAACAUUGAUACUUUGGAGCAAGCAGCUGGGAUAACGCGACUUAUUCAGUGUCACGGUUCAUUUGCUACUGCUACAUGCACAACAUGCAAACUUAAAGUUUCAUGUGAUUCUAUCAAAGAUGCUGUAUUCGCUCAAUCUAUACCACGGUGUACAAAUUGUUGGCCACCUAAGUCGAUUACACCAGAACCAUCACAUGAAGUUAACGACUCAGAAUCCACUACUAAUUCGUCAAAUCUCUCAGCUGUAGAUGAAAAUUCCAAUUCAAAUUAUACACCUCAUGAUGCAGCUUCAAAAGUUAGCUCCGCUAAAGAUGAAGAGUCUCGUAGAAAAGCAUCUUAUGGUGUAUUAAAACCAGAUAUUGUAUUUUUUGGUGAAGGUUUAUCUAGUGAAUUUCAUGAUUCCCUUGCAUAUGAUGUAAAGGAAACUGAUCUCGUUCUGGUUAUGGGGUCUUCGUUGAAAGUACGACCUGUUGCUCAUAUACCAAACGCUGUUCCCAGCGAAAUCCCUCAAAUAUUGAUUAAUAGGGAGCCUUUAUCAAACCAUGAUUUCGAUGUUGAAUUGUUAGGAGAUUGUGACGUAAUUGUUAGUGAGUUAUGCCAUCGGCUAGGGUGGGAGAUUCCAGGAGUUACAAAUUAUACACCUCUUGUUGAAGUCCCAUUGAAUUCCUUAAAGAACCCCAGUGAAUUACCAAAGUCCAUUCCAAAAUCCCCAGAUGCAUCUCAAUCCAAUCCUACUACAGGAAGCAUAACCCCAACAGAAUUCCCAAGUGACGAAUCUCAUGCAGAUAAUGAAAUACAGUCCACUGAAACAAUUGCUGAUUCGGAUGAAGUUUCUAAUGCGGAGAAAAGUUCAGAUGUGAUUGCCCAAGAUUCUUCAGAAGGUCACACUGCGAUUGAAGUCAGUGAAAAUGAAGACAAAAAUUGUGUAUGGGAGGUAGCAUCACAUUUACCCCCCGGGACAUAUACCUACAUCUGUCCGAAUCAGUACGUUUUUCAUGGUGCUGAAAUAUAUCUAGAAGGGAAACCAGGUGAAAUGAUUAUAUCGUGUAGUUCUUCAGAUGUAACUUCAUCUCAUACAUCCCAGUUGUCACCGUGUACAUUGUUUUCCGGUCAUGAAGAAGAAGAAGAAGUCGAUAACGAGGAAGAGGAAUGCGCUUCAUCGGAGACAACAGAUAGUGAGAAUUGUAGUAUUCAGUCUUCAGAAUUUCGAAGAUGUUUAAAAAGACAAAAUUCUCCUGAUCGAGGUCCAUCAGCAAAACGACCUCGGUCCCUGUGAUUAAAUUUAAUGAGGACAAAUCCACUGAAUAUAUUUGUAUAUCCUAUUUUUAUCCGCCUACUCAUUGUUAUGUAAUAAACAAAAAAAAACGAAAAAGCUCCACAUUUUUUCACUUUUCUUUUGUACAUUUAUUCUUAAAUUAAUUGUUUGUAAGUAUACAUAGUCCUACCCUGUUUGAUUGCCUCUCGUUACAUAGGUGUCGCGUUGUUCUGUGUCACACAUGUUGCUACUAUCUAUACACACUUUGACGUACUUGGCAUGUUGCUAUGGUAUUCAAUCAUGUAAGAUUGCAUGUGAUUAUUUUAGCAGCAUGUCAGAUACCUUCAAGCCUCUUUGUUCACCUACUCAGCCUUAUACUGAAUUUUAAAUCCUGUUUCUUUCCUUGUAAGAAAAAUCGCAUUUGUGUAUAAUUUAAAGCACACUUAUUGUUAUUAUUCAACGCUUUCCAGCGUUUAUUAUUAUUAGUCAUUAUUAAAAUUCGCAUAUUUUGGUCAUAGUGUGAGUUAUUUGGUUACCUUUUCAAUUAAGAUUAAUUAAGGUAUAUUACUCAUUUUCCUUUUUUUUCUGUUGUAACUCCACCAAUAUAUUUCAUCGAG